AUGAGACCUUCACCAGAUAAAUUCAUUAAAAAUCAUCUUCAAUUAUUCAAUGAAAAGAACGAUAUUUCAGCCGAAGUUAAAGAAGACAAGAAGGAUGAUAUUAUACAAGAAGAUAAACAUGAAUUGGCCGAUGAUAAUCCUAAAUCUAGAAGACAACAAGGAUUUUUCCAGCCAAGUUUCCUUCCACCAUCAUUACUUCCAUACGGAUACAGACAAAGAACAGAUCUCGGCUCUUCCAAUUCAGAACUUCUUACUAUAUCUGAUGUACCAGAAACUCAGAGUAAUAAACAGCCAGCUAAUGAAAAGAAGGCUACCUAUCAUAAAUACGAUUCAAUUAGAGAUGAAGCUCGUAAAUUGUUUAUAGAAAGUACAGAAAAAGAAAGAAAAGAGAAAGAACAAAAAGAAGCAGAGAAACGUAAGAAGGAAGAAGAGGAGAAGGAAGCUGCAGUGAAAAGGAAGAAAGAGAAGGAAGCUGAAAAUGAAAAACAAACAGCACCUAAGGCUGGAUUAAGUUUAUCAAUGACAAAGUCUCCAUCAAAAGAUAAAGCUGCAGAAGCAGGUAAAACUCCAUCUAACGGCACGACUCUAUCAAUGAAGCCAUCUCUUAGUACUACCCUCAAAUAA